CUCUCUCAUCAUCUGUAGAUAUAUAAUAUAUAUGAUAUUAUCCCCUUGUAAAUUAUAAUGUGACGAGGGUCACGUGGAGGGAUAUGCUUUGCUCAGGUGGCAAAGUAAUCAAAUCCAAAGCAUAAAACGACAAAGAAAUUCAUCGGAAAGGACAGGAAAGGUAAGCUGUCAAUGAUUGAGGUGACGGUGGGUCCAGGGGCUCAACGGCCAGCGUCGACUCUCACUCUCUCGGGGUGUUCAAUUUCUGGUUCAAUUAUUAUCACUUCCACUUCCGGCUUCCUGUUCCACCAACAACAGUUAUCGGAGACUGACUCAGACUGUGACUCGACUCUUACAGUUAUCUGAGAGGAUGUUGGCUUCUCAGGGUCUUCUUGCCUCGCCCUCUUUCAGGUCUCUGCCACCUUCCACCAAGCCUGAGAGGCAUGACUGGCAUUUUGGGAAAGAGCGGCAAGUGGUGGUGACCUUUAGAUCUCAAAAGUUGGUUGGCUACAGCCACAACAAAUUUUUAUUCCCAUCGGCAUCGAGGAGGUUGUUGUAUGCAAAGGCGGAGCACAACUCCAGACUAUCAGCUGUUAUGACAGAUGACAACUCAAAUGUAACAUCCACUGACCAAGAAAUGGAACAUAUUGGUAUUUUGAGCAUUGAUCCUGGCUUAGAACAACAUCAAGAUCACUUCGAAUAUCGAGUAAGGAGAUACUUGGAUCAAAAAAGCCUUAUUCAGAAAUACGAAGGAGGCCUUGAGGAAUUUGCAAGAGGUUAUAUGAAAUUUGGUUUUAACAGAGAAGAAGGAGGCAUUGUGUAUCGUGAAUGGGCCCCUGCUGCUCAGGAAGCACAAGUUGUUGGGGAUUUUAAUGGAUGGGAUGGUUCCAACCACAAGAUGGUCAGGAACGAAUUUGGCGUUUGGAGCAUUAAGAUUCCUGAUUCUGGUGGAAAACCUGCCAUUCCUCACAAUUCAAGAGUCAAGUUCCGCUUCAAACAUGGUAAUGGAGUUUGGGUUGAUCGCAUCCCUGCUUGGAUUAAAUAUGCUACUGUGGACCCAACAAAAUUUGCAGCUCCAUAUGAUGGUGUAUACUGGGACCCUCCGCUUUCAGAAAGCUAUCAUUUUAAAUAUCCCCGUCCAGCAAAACCUGCAGCACCACGAAUAUAUGAGGCCCAUGUCGGAAUGAGUAGCUCUGAACCCUGCGUCAAUUCAUAUAGAAAUUUUGCUGAUGAAGUCUUGCCUCGUAUACGGGAAAACAACUACAACACAGUCCAAUUAAUGGCCGUGAUGGAGCAUUCCUAUUAUGCAUCAUUUGGCUAUCAUGUUACAAACUUUUUUGCUGUAAGCAGUAGAUCUGGAACCCCUGAGGACCUCAAAUAUCUAAUUGAUAAAGCUCAUAGUCUAGGUUUGCGGGUCUUGAUGGAUGUUGUACACAGCCAUGCAAGUAAUAAUGUUACUGAUGGCCUCAAUGGAUUUGAUGUUGGACAAGCAUCACAGGACUCCUACUUCCACACUGGAGAUCGAGGCUAUCAUAAGUUAUGGGAUAGCAGACUCUUCAACUAUGCUAAUUGGGAAGUUUUACGCUUUCUCUUGUCCAAUUUGAGGUGGUGGCUUGAGGAGUUUAAUUUUGACGGAUUUCGAUUUGAUGGAGCAACUUCAAUGUUAUAUCAUCACCAUGGGAUCAACAUUGGAUUUACAGGGGAUUAUAAUGAGUAUUUUAGUGAGGCAGUGGAUGUUGAUGCUGUUGUUUAUUUGAUGCUGGCGAAUUCUCUGAUCCAUAAAGUCUUUCCAGAUGCAAACGUAGUUGCAGAAGAUGUUUCUGGUAUGCCUGGUCUUUGUCGGCCUGUCUCUGAGGGGGGUAUUGGUUUUGACUAUAGGCUGGCAAUGGCCAUCCCUGACAAGUGGAUUGAUUACUUAAAGAAUAAAAAUGAUGAAGAGUGGUCAAUGGAGGAAAUCUCAUGGAGCUUGACAAACAGGAGAUACAGCGAGAAGUGUAUAUCUUAUGCUGAAAGUCAUGACCAGGCAAUUGUGGGUGACAAGACUAUUGCAUUUCUCCUGAUGGAUAAAGAAAUGUAUUCUGGCAUGUCUUGUUUGACAGAUGCUUCUCCUGUUAUUGAGCGAGGGAUUGCACUUCACAAGAUGAUACACUUUAUAACAAUGGCAUUAGGAGGUGAGGGCUACCUUAAUUUCAUGGGAAAUGAAUUUGGCCAUCCUGAGUGGAUUGACUUCCCAAGAGAAGGCAAUGGCUGGAGUUAUGAAUUGUGCAGGCGCCAGUGGAACCUUGUGGAUACAGAACAUUUGAGAUAUAAGUUUAUGAAUGCGUUUGACAGAGCUAUGAAUUUGCUUGAUGAGAAAUUUUCUUUCCUUUCAUCAUCAAAACUAAUAGUGAGCAGCUCGAAUGAAGAAGACAAGGUUAUUGUCUUUGAGCGUGGAGAUCUAGUUUUCGUUUUCAAUUUUCAUCCAGAAAAUACAUACGAUGGGUACAAGGUUGGAUGUGACUUGCCUGGGAAAUACAGAGUUGCACUUGAUAGUGAUGCUUGGGAAUUUGGUGGACAUGGAAGAGUGGGGCAUAAUGCAGACCAUUUCACAUCCCCUGAAGGAAUUCCAGGUGUUCCUGAAACAAAUUUUAACAACCGACCCAAUUCCUUCAAAGUACUCUCACCUUCUCGUACAUGUGUGGUUUAUUAUAGAGCGGAAGAAAGUGAAGUGGAAAACAAUGGAAGUGAAAAAGUGGUGGUCGGUACCAACAAGACACCAGCCGUUGAUGCUGUGAUUACUAAGCAAGAAUGCACUUCUGUUGAAGGUGAAAUCAAGGACUCUAAAUCAGAAUAAGGAGAAAGAAGAUAAAGAAGAAAGAAAAGGAAGAAAGCAAGGAAGAUCACAAGUGAUUGCUUGUCAUUGUGAAAAUCCAAAAGGUUUUAUUUGUUUUGUCUUUGUGAAAAUCUAAGAGGUUUUAUCUGUCCAUGCAUGUGUGAAUAAAUAAAGGAAUGAAUGAAUAAAUAAUAGUGGGAUUUUUCUGAAUCUUAAA